UCCGAAGAGGGGUCCCGACGCUGCUCCCUCCGAGAUGGCCUCCGCCGCGACCCAUUCCGGAUCCGAGAGACCCAAGACAGAUCCGCUCGAGAUCCGGCUCCCGCGGGCCCGCCUCCGGUACCCGGGGGUCCGCACGCGAGGCAAAGAAACCGAGGAGAUGAAUUUAGGGGCGAGGUCGAAUCGGGAACCGAACCGAACCGAACCGAGCCGGCUGGUUCAGGUCACACGUGGAGGCGAUGGUUGGUUCUUUCUUUAUUUUUAAUUUACGAGGUGGGGCGAGGAUCUGCUCGUGUCUGCUUGUGACGCCGUGGGGCAUUAUCAGCCCGCAUUCCUGAUCUGCCCACCUCUUUUUUGGCAGUCGAUACUUUAGGAGGAGAUCGCUUUUUUAUGUAAAAGUUGAUACUUUUUGGAGACGGCUUAAAUGUACGGCAAAACGAACCAAGCGGACAACUUCUUCUGCUGCUGCUAAAUCGACAGCGGCCCCACGAACUCCGUCUCUCCCCCAUUAAAGUCCCAUCUUUCGUGCGCAGCUCGGGUUCCCGGUGAGCGCGAGAGAUGGGUAGCUCGGGUUCUCGUGAUGGUGGCAUCAGGAGGAGCUCGAGGGCUUUUCUACAACUGGGAAGUGAAGCAAGAGAUGAUGGGCUCCUCCUACAAGGAGCAGGUUGUCACCAUCAAUGGACGGCACCCGGCCCCCACCAUCCAGGCUCAUCAUCAGGGAAACAGAGUUUUCGUCAGGGUUACCAACAGGUUGAGCCAGAAUGUCGCGAUCCAUUGGCACGACACCCAACAGAUUCAAAGUCUAGGGAGCGAUGGAACAGGUGAUGUAACUUUCACCUAUAUUUUCAUCGUCCAUCAGCUUGGAAAAUCUCAGUACGACUCCUAUUACACAAUGCAAAUGGUGGCUGGACUGCAUGGGUUGAUCGAUGUUUUGCCACUGUACAGCAUGGCGGAGCCAUUCGCUCAAAGAUUAUGACAAGAGCAUCAUCCUCGACAACUGGUACUACUAAAGCUAUCAUGAUUGGGCGGCAGAGCCUGAGUCUUUGCUGAUUCCCAGGAAGGGAAAGUUUGAUUAUGCUGAAUCGACCACUCCA